CACAAUUAGCGUUAUCCAAAUACUCCAACAAGCAAAAAGUAUCUUGCUGCUGCUUACUAGUUUAUCUUCAUUCUUCGGCUGCGAAGAAGAUAUUCAAUUACCACUGGUGAUGCUCUAGUACAGAAAAAUGGCUUCGGUUUCCGCUAUAAGCUCACCAAAUAUCCCUUCAUUCUGCAGGAAACCCAUAUCCAAAAACCUAAUUUUACGCCCAUUUGUAGUGGAUUUCCCUUGGUGCCGAGCCCGAACGAGUGGGAUAAAGACAAAUCCGGACGGCGCUGGCCCGACUUCGAAUGGGGGAGCGGAUUUGUUGAGAUGGCCAGCGUCCUCGGACCCCGGCGGCGAUGAUGAUCCGGCUGAUGAGGCUGGGGAGAAGAAGGGUGGAGAUGGUGACACGUGGGUGGACUGGGACGACCAGAUUUUGCAGGACACUGUUCCCCUCGUUGGCUUUGUUAGGACGGUUCUUCACUCUGGGAAAUACGCAAGUGGUGAUAGAUUGAGUCUUCAGGAUGAGAAGACCAUCCUGGAGAAGCUACUUGCAUAUCAUCCAGCGUGUGAAAAGAAGAUUGGAUGUGGAGUUGAUUAUAUUACGAUUGGAUACCAUCCUAAUUUUCAGAGCUCAAGAUGCUUAUUCAUAGUUCGGAAUGAUGGAGAAUUGGUUGAUUUUUCGUAUUGGAAAUGCAUAAAAGGCUUGAUUAGAAAAAAUUAUCCUCUGUAUGCGGACAGCUUUAUUAUGAGGCAUUUUUCGCCGAGUAGGCGUAGAGACUGAAGGUGAACAAUUUUUGUCAUGGAAAUUUCUGUCCGUCUAUUGCUUACUGUAUUCCGAAGGUUAUAAUUUUAGUUGAAUUUGGUGGGUUAAAUUAGUAUAUGAUACUUUAAGGAAGGCUUAUUGAUUGAUUGUUGUAUUUUGUAUAAUUUCAUUGUAUGGCAUAAAUUUGGAGGAAAUUGCAAAUUUGGUCCCGUUAGAUUGGGACGGUCGCAAUUUUAGUCUCAAGAGGUGCAAUUUCAGUCUUUAACUAAUUUUUCUUACGUAAUUGAUCCCAAAUCUAACUGACCGUUAAGUCACCGUUAAAUUUCAGGACUAAAUUUGC